CCGGGGGACUCCGAACAGCCAUGGCCACAGCCUCGCGGGCCCGGGUCGCACACUUGCUGAGGCACCUGCAGAGCGCAGCAUGCCAGUGCCCAACUCAUUCUCAUACUUAUUCCCAAGCUCCUGGACUUUCUCCUUCUGGGAAAACAACAGACUAUGCCUUUGAGAUGGCAGUUUCAAAUAUUAGAUAUGGAGCAGGAGUUACAAAGGAAGUGGGCAUGGACCUGCAGAACAUGGGAGCUAAAAAUGUUUGCUUGAUGACAGACAAGAACCUCUCCCAGCUUCCUCCCGUUCAAGCAGUUAUGGAUUCCCUGGUGAAGAAUGGUAUCAGCUUUCAGGUGUAUGACGAUGUGAGGGUGGAACCCACGGAUGCAAGCUUCAAGGAUGCAAUUGAGUUUGCCAAAAAGGGAGCCUUCGAUGCUUAUGUUGCUGUGGGUGGUGGCUCCACCAUGGACACCUGCAAAGCUGCCAAUCUGUAUGCGUCCAGCCCCCACUCAGAGUUCCUCGACUACGUUAAUGCCCCCAUUGGCAAGGGAAAGCCAGUGACUGUGUCCCUUAGGCCUCUGAUUGCAGUCCCAACGACCUCUGGAACUGGGAGUGAAACUACCGGGGUUGCCAUUUUUGACUACGAACACUUGAAGGUGAAAACUGGCAUUGCUUCACGAGCCAUCAAGCCCACACUGGGACUAGUUGAUCCUCUGCACACCCUCCACAUGCCUGGCCAGGUGGUCGCCAACAGUGGCUUCGAUGUACUUUGCCAUGCUCUGGAAUCCUACACUGCCCUUCCCUACCACAUGCGGAGCCCCUGUCCUUCCAAUCCCAUCGCUCGGCCUGCGUACCAGGGCAGCAACCCAAUCAGUGACAUCUGGGCAGUCCAUGCACUGAGGAUUGUCGCCAAGUAUCUGAAGAGGGCUGUCAGAAAUCCCGAUGAUCUUGAAGCAAGGUCUGAUAUGCACUUGGCAAGUGCUUUUGCUGGCAUUGGAUUUGGAAAUGCUGGUGUUCAUCUGUGCCAUGGAAUGUCUUACCCAAUUUCAGGUUUAGUGAAGACAUAUAAAGCCAAGGAUUACAAUGUGGAUCACCCACUGGUGCCUCACGGCCUUUCUGUGGUGCUCACAUCCCCGGCGGUAUUUACCUUCACAGCCCAGAUGUUCCCAGAGCGGCACCUGGAGACGGCAGAAAUACUGGGAGCAGACAUCCGCACUGCCAGGACCCAAGAUGCUGGGGCUGUGCUGGCUGACACACUCCGGAAAUUCCUCUUUGACCUAAAUGUUGACAAUGGCCUAGCUGCCCUUGGAUACUCCAAGGCUGACAUCCCCUCGUUAGUAAAAGGAACACUGCCCCAGGAAAGGGUCACCAAGCUUGCACCCCGUCCCCAGUCAGAAGAAGAUCUGUGUGCUCUGUUUGAAGCUUCAAUGAAACUAUAUUAAUUGCUACUUUCAUAGAAAGAAUUACCACUGGCUGUUGUGGUUCUGGGAACAAAAGUUGAACUGGCUAAACCUUUGCCAUUUCAUCCCCACUCUUAAAACUUACCUGUUAACAGUGAUUGUGCAGAAGGUUCUUUGAUGCUCAGGGUCAUUUCCCUCAAACAAGCUAGACACAUGGGCACUAUGUCAGGCCUGUGGGCCAGACUUCAAUAGUCAAUAUUCUUACACUAAACUACCCCAAUACCCUGCUCUGUUCCAUGUACCAAAUGGGCAAAAGUUCAUUAUCUAUAACAUACAUAAAUAUUCAUAGCCUAUACCUAGUAACUGCAUGUCUAGAAAAUUAAAUAAAUACUAGCACCAGUGUGUAAAGAAAUAUAACAAGGAUGUUUUUGGCAGUACCUUCUGGAAUAAUAAAAAAUUUAUCACAUCAUCCAGGGCCCACAGAGGAACUGAUGAUCUAAACAUGAAUGCUGCUCUCACUGUUGCCCUGACAACCAGCUCCAGGGAAAUGGCAAUAGACACUGAGGACACCCAAAUUGACUCAAAGCAGAAAUUCAGAGAUUGCAGAGUUUAAUACUAAAGUAGUCUUAUAACAUACCAGCCAAGGCUCAAGAAACAUUGUGAAAGAGCAGGUAGAAAGAUCAUAAGAGCCACAGGGUGGGAAGGAGUAUCCUGUGGCAUUGUCCCCCACUCAGAGAUUGACUGAUGCAUUCAUUACCCCAGAGGAAACACCAGUAACCCCACUGACGAGGACCCUCAGUGGAUUGGGGGUGGGAAAGAGAUGAUAUGAGUAUAACCUGAUGAGAAGAUAAUCAGCGCCUGAGAGGGUCAAGCAAUAAAAUUCAUAAUAAAAAAAAAAAGAGGGCUGAAAAAAAC